AUGAAGCGACCCCUGAGCCCAUCCCACAACCCCGAGAAUGGGGUGCGGCUGGUGGAGGCGGCCAGCUGCCCGCCGAGCCAGCCUGAGCAGCGCAUGAAGCGGGAGAAGAAGCACCAGUCGUUCACGCUCUGCGAGGUCUGCAACAUCCAGCUCAACUCGGCCGCGCAGGCGCAGAUCCACUACAACGGCAAGUCCCACCAGAAGCGCCUCAAGCAGCUCAACAAGGGGAAGAUGCCGGCAGCCCAAGGUCCCUCCGGACACAGCAGCCCCCUCUUAGCAUCGUUGCCUAUCCCCGGCCGUCCCCUUCAUCCCCCCUUGGACAUCAAGCACUUUCUGACCUUCAGGCUCAACGGGACGUCACCACUCAACCUCUUCCCCAACUUCAACACGAUGGACCCGGUGCAGAAGGCGGUGAUCAGCCACACCUUCGGCGUGCCCACCCCGCUCAAGAAGAAGCAGUUCAUCUCCUGCAACAUCUGCCACCUGCGCUUCAACUCUGCGAACCAGGCAGAAGCCCACUAUAAGGGCCACAAGCACGCGCGGAGGCUGAAAGCCAUCGAGGCCACGAAGAACAAGCAGAAGACGGCAGGGGCUGCGGCGGUGGCCGCCAGCAGGGACUGUGCAGCUGACUUCGACCCCAGCCCCGAGGGCAGCGGGGAGCCCGGCAGCACAGCUCAAGACAACGGCCUGCAGGAGCCAGAGGGUGAGUGCAGCAGCCUGGGGCUGACGCCCAGCGCCGAGGAGUCGCCUGCGGAGCUGUCGGGCAGCGUCGCUCCGCUGGGCUCCCCGCCGGCCUCGGAGCUGUCGGAGGGCACCUCGGAUGCCACCAGCAUGGCCUCCUCAGCUACGCAGGCAGCCGAGGUGCAGGCAGCCGAGUCGGGCAGCAGCGUCAGCUCAGCCCCCGAGAGCGAGAAGGAGGGGAAGAAGAGCAAACAGCACCUGUACUGUCCCACCUGCAAAGUGACCGUCAACUCCCUGUCCCAGCUGGAGGCUCACAACACCGGUGCCAAGCACAAGUCGAUGCUGGAAGGUCACAGCACCCAGAUGCGGCGAGGCCGAGGCAAGCUCCUCUCCCGGGCAGGGCACAAGUCCAAGCGGAUUGGCAACAAGGGCAGCAUCAACAUCCAGAACAAGGCGUUUCACUGCCAAGUGUGCGAGAUCUACGUGAACUCGGAGACCCAGCUCAAACAGCACAUGAGCAGCCGGAGGCACAAAGACAGGCUGGCGGGGAAGCCGCCCAAGCCCAAGUACAGCCCCUAUAACAAGCUGCAGAAGAAUGCUGCCCUCGCAGUGAGUAUUCUCAAGUCCAAGCUGGCUUUGCAGAAGCAUCUCACCAAAACCCUGGCAACCCGCUUCCUGCCGAGCCCGCUCACCGCAGCCGCCGUCUGCGCCAUGCCUGGCCCCCUCGCCCUGAGACCAGCCGCUGCCACCACCCUCUUCCAAGCCCCGAUCCUCGGACCAGCCCUUUUCCGAACGCCGCCAGCCCACGUCCGCACCACGCCGGGCCCCAUCGUCUUUGCGCCCUACUAG